UGAUUAAGAGUGUGAUUAAGUGUGUUUAAGAGUGGUUUUAGCUGACAUAAGCGGUCAGCGAGAAACAAGGAAAGAAGUUUGAUUCCUUUCCUUUGGACUGAGACAGGGUCUGUUUCUCUUAUUAUAGCUAUAGUUUCCGGGGUGGAGUAGUUGGAGAUUGGCGAACGCCCAGUGGACGCCAUGGGUUGUUGUUACAGCAGUGAGAGCGAGACCACCGAGCAGGACCCUGAUGAGCGUAAGCCGCUGAUCCCCCACCCGAACCCCGACAGCAAGCCCCUCAACGGCACAGAAUGGAGCUCCGCCAGUGUACCCUCAGCCCGCACAGACGAACAGGCCUUACUCACAUCCAUCCUUACCAAGACAGCCCUGAACAUCAUCGAUGUCUCGGCUGCAGACUCUCAAGGCAUGGAGCAGCAUGAGUACAUGGACAAAGCUCGGCAAUACAGUACAAAACUGGCCUUGUUGAGUAACAGUCUGUCUCAGAAGAAGCCCCUCCCUCUCCCUUCCCUCACCAGCCAGCCGCACCAAGUGCUCGAUCUGGUGCCAGACUUGGAUGUACAACAGGUGUCCAAGAUAGCUGCCUAUGCUUACAGUGCAAUCUCUCAGAUCAAGGUGGAUGCUAAAGAAGAGCUAGUGGUUCAAUUUGCCAUCCCCUGAUCUACCCUCUGGCCUCCAUAAUACUUGUCCCGUCCCGUCCCCCAUGCCCACAAUGCAUCUAUGAUUACCAGUCCCUGUGCUACCCAGCUAUGCCACUAGCUACCUGCUGCUCCAGCUGAGGACUAUGACAACCAGGCCUCCCCUGCUGAAAAGGUUAACCAACCUUGCCCUGCACUCCUCAGAACCACCUUUCAAAGCCACCAUUCAUCCUUCCUUCACCAGCCGUCAAGGAAUUUUUUAACUCUCAUAUGGUAGUAUAACGAUAAUGGUGUUAGGGCAGUUUUUGUAAUUUUAAAGUUUCUUGUUUGAAGAGUGACUGAGUCUGAUUUAAUGAAUAAACGGUUAGCUAGCUGCGCGACAUGGCUAGGCUGCUGGUGGCGUUAGCUCUGGCUGUGAGUUUC